AUGCUAUUCGAAGGUCCUCUUAGUAAAUGGACAAAUGUCAUCCAAGGUUGGCAAUAUCGGUUCUUUGUUUUGGACCCUACUCAAGGAAUGCUUAUUUACUAUACGUCGAAAGAUAACAUGGUCAAGGGUGAACGACGUGGUGUGGUUUUAUUGAGAGGAGCUUAUUUAGGGAUCGAUUCGGAAGACGAUAGUACAUUUACCAUUCGAUCUCAUGUAAAUCUCUUACAUGAAUCCCAUCGCGGAGAACCGUCUCUACAAAUAUACAACGAAUAUGAUGAUUUAGCUCGCGACGCUGAAGAAAGACAAAAGUGGAUAUCAAAUUUAGAAGAAGCAAUUAGUCUGAAUAGUGUUAAUACUGAUAAACUAUCUGUUUCGAGUACAUCAUUAUUUGAACGCAAAAUAGCGGAAGCAGAUGCGUACCUACAAUUAUUAAUUGACCAGGUUAAUGCACUUGAACAAAAAAGCGACCAAGAACAAGAUGUUAAAGAACAAGAGUCUUGCAAACGUGUUGUUACUUCCGCAAAAAGGUUAAUCGAAGCGGUGAAAUAUUCCAUUGUUUCAUUACAACUAGCUAAAGUACACAUGGAUCCACACAGUGAUGUUAAGGCUGAUGUAGACUAUCAAGCUGUUCUAUCACAUAUGAAUAUUCAUAAAGAUAAAAUUCUAAAUAACAAUGAAGCUUCAUCUAGUGCUGUCCAAUCAGGUGUUCGUGGUGGAUCAACAGAAGAUAAUGACAUUGAUCGAACAUCAAUCGGAUCUUUGGAUUUCCGUACCGCUGUGAAAACUGUUCGCAAAAACUUUCCAGUUUCAUCUUAUUCCAGUAGUGAUGACGAUGAUUUCUAUGAUGCUGACGAAGCGAUGGAUACACCAACAAUAUCACCCUCACCGACAACCAGUAAUUUACAACGAACAGAGACAAUUAAUAAAUCAAAUAACGAUGUUCUAUCAAAAACAACUGAUAACUCAACACUGCUAUUACACAACACUGACAACAAUACAAUAAACAAGGGCAAAAUGAAUGAUACCCAAGUGGAUGGAGCAAACCGUACAAGUAGUUCACAAAUUCCAUUUGAAAUCUAUGAAGCUGCCUAUGAAGAAGAGCCCGAAGAAGAAUUGGCACCCAUCGAUGGCACGAUUAUUUCACAUUUAAUUUCUCAAGCACGUAUUUCAAUGGAUUUAACCAAGAUAACAUUACCAACGUUUAUUCUCGAACGUCGAUCAUUUUUGGAAAUGUUAGCUGAUUUUCUUGCUCAUCCCGAUCAAUUUGUAAAUGUCGCAGAUUACCAUACACCACGUGAUCGAUUUUUGCAAGUUGUCAAAUGGUAUUUAUCAGCAUUUCAUGCUGGUAGAAAGAGUCCCGUACCGAAAAAACCCUACAAUCCCAUUCUCGGUGAAACAUUUCAGUGUUAUUACGAUAUUGGCUCGUCAUCAAAUUCUGAUACGAAAUUAGCAAAAGAUGGACCCGUUCCUUGGACUUCUGAUGAUCAAGUGACAUUCAUUGCUGAACAAACUUCUCAUCACCCUCCUAUUGCUGCAUUCUACGCUGAAUGUCCAUCGAAGCACAUUCAAAUUGAUGGUUGUCUAUGGACGAAAUCGAAGUUUUUAGGUCUAUCCGUAGCUGUACACAUGAUCGGAGAUGCUACACUAACCUUAUUGGAUCACGAUGAACGUUAUGUGAUGACAUUUCCUAGCGCUUAUGGCCGAUCAAUCCUCGGUGUACCUUGGUUUGAAAUGGGUGGAAAAGUAACGAUCGACUGCGAGAAAACCGGCUAUUCCGCAAAUAUAGAAUUUCUCACAAAACCGUUUUACAAUGGUAAAAAGCAUCAAAUAACCGGAAGUUUACAUGGACCGGAUAAAAAAGAAUUCUGCAAGAUCGAUGGAGAAUGGAAUGGCGUGAUGUAUGCCAAGUAUAGUGAUACGAAAGUUUCGGACAUCUUUUUCGAUACGAAGACGACGCCAGUUAUAAAGAAAAACGUUCGACCUAUUGCUGAGCAAGGUGAAUUCGAAAGUCGACGUUUGUGGAAAGAUGUUACUUAUUGUUUGAAAUCGAAACAAUUAGAUAAAGCAACCGAAUCGAAAUCAUUCCUCGAACAACGGCAGCGUGAAGGAGCAAAAGAACGCGCAGAAAAAUCAAUUAAAUGGCAGACUAAAUACUUUGUCGAAUCAGGUGAACAAAAAUGGUCGUAUGAGAAAAAGUUAGCCAAACGAUUGAAACAGCAAUCAUGA